GUUAAGUUGAGAACACGUUGAUUGCCAUUUCGGCAAUUUGUGUUUUUUUUUUUCAUCUUUGUAUACAUACAGAGAAUAAGCUUAAAUUGAGUAAAUACAGAAAACGAAUCGAUAGUGAAGAAACGAGGUUGAAUUCUAUUUGAAAGAAACAAAGUGCACACACGAGUCAAGUGUUGGAACCUUUUUUAUUUUAAGAUUAAAAUAUUAUAAACAAGAAUCAGGAAAAUAAAAAAUAAUAAUAAUAAAAAUAAAAAGUAAAGAGCCGAAAAAAAAACUAAAAGCAUUCACAAAUCUUAAAAAUUCAAGUUUAAUAAAGAAGAACAAAAAGUGCGAAAAUGGAUAGCAACGGAAUGGAUAAAGAAAAUUUAUUUGUUAUGAAAAAUAAUAGGAAAAAUCUUGUUGGAUCAAGUGGAUCAUCAACAAAAAUCCAAAUUGUACCAGCACAGCCGAAAACACUUACACAUUUGCCAAAACGACCCCCAGUGGAAUUGGCAUUCAAAGACUUGACAUAUCGGGUUAAGGAAGGACGUUCUAACAAUGUUAAAACUAUUCUCAAAGAAGUUAGUGGUCGUCUCCGGCCAGGAGAACUAUGCGGUAUUAUGGGUCCAAGUGGAGCAGGAAAAUCAACGUUGCUUAAUAUUCUUUCCGGAUAUAAAACAACAAAAAUCGAAGGAUCGAUAACGAUGAAUGGAAAGGAGAGAAAUAUCAGUGUUUUCCGCAAACUGUCUGCAUAUAUCAUGCAAGACAACCAGCUACAUGCAAAUUUAACUGUUGAGGAGGCAAUGAAUGUUGCAGCCAACUUGAAAUUAAGUCAGAAAGUUCAGCGCAGCGAGAAAAUGAAUGUGAUUAAAUCUAUCUUGGAUACUCUUGGUCUAGAAGAACAUCGUAGAACAUUGACAAGAAAUUUGUCUGGUGGUCAAAAAAAGCGUAUGUCAAUUGCUUUGGAACUUGUCAACAAUCCACCUAUUAUGUUCUUUGAUGAACCAACUUCCGGAUUAGACAGCUCAACAUGUUUCCAAUGUAUUAAUCUUUUAAAAUUCCUUGCUCGCGGUGGUCGAACUAUCAUAUGCACUAUUCAUCAACCAUCUGCGCGUCUUUUUGAAAUGUUUGAUCAACUUUACACUUUAUCAGAAGGACAGUGCGUGUAUCAAGGAAGCACAAAACAAUUAGUUCCUUUCCUAGCUACUCUUGGACUUGAGUGUCAAGCUUACCAUAAUCCAGCCAGUUACAUUAUUGAAGUAGCUUGUGGUGAGCAUGGGGAUCAUACAAGAAAGCUAGUAAAUGCAAUUGAAAAUGGAAAGAAAGACAUUCGAACUGAAGAUGAUUAUGAAAAGGUGAAAGCGAUUAAUGGAAAAAAUGAUAUUCCUAAAGUUCAUACAACAGAAGCAAAUCUAAAAUCAACUUAUGAGAAAAAUGAUAAGUUUUCAGAUAAUAUAAAUGGUACAAGUAAAGCAUUGAUUCCAGCAAAAAUUGUCAAUGAUAUUAUGAAAGGUGGUAAUGAUGAAAAUGCAGUAUCCAUUAAUGUUGAUGACAAAGAACCUGACACAACUACUGCUUUGCUUAGCGAAGAAUCCGGAGAUUUAUCACCUGAACGAUACCCAACAUCAGAAUUCCAUCAAUUCUGGGUUGUUCUAAAGCGAACAUUAUUGUUUAGCAGACGUGAUUGGACACUUAUGUAUCUACGAUUAUUUGCUCAUGUUCUCGUUGGAUUUUUAAUUGGUGCACUCUAUUAUGACAUUGGCAAUGAUGGAGCAAAGGUCCUCAGUAACUUAGGGUUCCUCUUUUUCAACAUGCUUUUCCUUAUGUACACAUCAAUGACAAUCACAAUUUUAUCAUUCCCAUUAGAAAUGCCUGUGUUAUUAAAGGAGAAUUUCAAUCGAUGGUACUCACUUAGAAGCUAUUAUUUGGCAAUAACUAUAUCGGACAUUCCAUUCCAAGCAAUAUUUUGCUUCAUUUACGUAUCAAUCGUCUACUAUUUUACAUCGCAACCUAUGGAACUAUUCAGAUAUGGAUUGUUCUUAACUGCAUGCUUGCUUAUAUCAUUUGUUGCUCAAAGUGUCGGCUUAGUUGUUGGUGCUGCAAUGAAUGUACAAAAUGGAGUUUUUCUGGCUCCAGUAAUGUCUGUUCCAUUCCUCUUGUUCUCCGGAUUCUUUGUAUCAUUUGAUGCUAUUCCAAUUUACUUACGUUGGAUUACGUAUUUGUCAUACAUCAGAUAUGGUUUUGAAGCUACAGCUCUUGCAACUUAUGGAUACGGACGUGAAAAACUCAAGUGUUUCCAAAUUUAUUGCCACUUUAAAGAUCCACACACAACACUUGAUGAACUUGAUAUGGUACACUCUGAUGUUGUUCUUGACGUUGUAGCUUUAAUUUUCAUCUUUUUCGUAUUGAGAAUUGCAGCAUAUCUUUUCCUCAGAUGGAAAUUGAAAACUCAAAGAUAAAAAGAACUAUAAAUCCUGUUUUCUAUGCAUGGUAUAUUAGCUUUAAAUGACCUUUUAUUGAAUAUUUUUUUCCUGUGAGAAAUAAUUACGUAUAUAUGACAUACAUAGAAAUGAAUUCUAGCCUUAUGGUUCGUGGCCUUUUUGAAAACUUUAAUUUUUAAACGAUAUUUAAAUGAUAUAUGAUGUGGGUUAGUUCUCAUAAAGUUAUAAUUACCAUAACCAUCUGAUAAAGUAGCAUUGAAAGUGAGUUAAUAUCUGUACGAACAAUAGAAUAUUCAAUAGUGAUAAAUAUUAAGCACGUACUUAUAUUCAAGUUGUGGUUAAAUACAAUUUUAUCCGAUUUGGGUUCAUUUUCAUCUAAAAUUUCAAAAUAUUAAUGACAAUAAUUAAGAACAUUUACAAUCAAAAGCUUAUAUAUAUAAAUUUAAUAUGAACAUUAGCAAAUGUGCCUUGAAUUUAAUUAUUACAAAACAGAAAUAGGGGGUUUUU